AUGGAUGUUCAAAAUGUCUUUCUCCAUGGUGAUUUGCUUGAAGAAGUCUAUAUGCAAUUUCUGCCCGGUUUUCGUCAACAGGGAGAGAUACCUAUGGUAUGUCGCCUCAACAAGUCAUUAUAUGAACUUAAACAAGCCUCUCGUAGCUGGUUUCAGAAAUUUUCUGCCACCAUUCAACAAGAUGGUUCCCAUCAAUCAAGGGCUGAUUAUUCACUUUUCACAAAGAUCUCUGGUAAUUCUUUCACAGCUGUGCUCAUCUAUGUAGACGACAUGAUCAUCAUCGGCAAUGAUGAGAGUGUAAUCGCAGCUCUUAAGGAGUCUCUCCACACCAAAUUUCGCAUAAAGGACCUCGGUCAAUUACGAUAUUUCCUUGGUAUUGAAGUUGCUCCUUCUACUGAUUGUAUUUCGAUAUCCCAACGAAAAUACACUCUUGAUAUUUUAAAUGAAGCAGGCUUGCUUGGGGCCAAACUAUUGUCGACACCUAUGGAAGAAAAGAAUAAACUCCUGCCCAUAAUAGGAGAUUUAUUGAAGAAUCCAUCCACUUACAGAAGAUUGGUCGGACAACUCAUUUAUCUUACCAUUACAAGGCUAGAGAUAAGUUAUUCAGUUCACAUUUUAAGCCAGUUUAUGCAAGAACCAAGAAAACCUCAUUUGGAUGUUGUUCAUCAUCUUCUGCGAUAUCUUAAAGGUGCACCUGGACAAGGAUUAUAUUUUCCUGCCAAAGGAAAUUUUCUACUAAGAGGAUUUUGUGAUGCAGAUUUGGCUCGAUGUUCGAUCACAAGACGAUCUGUGACUGGAUAUUGCAUUUUUCUUGGAGAAGCUCUUAUUUCAUGGAAAACCAAGAAACAAACAACAGUGUCAAGGUCAUCAGCUGAAUCAGAAUAUCGAGCAAUGGCUUCCAUUACAUGUGAAUUUACAUGGCUCAAGUAUUUGUUGGAUGACUUGAAGGUAGAACACUUGCAACCUGCCAAACCAUUCUGUGAUAGUAAAUCAACACUCUAUAUUGCUGCUAAUCCAGUUUACCAUGAACAUACCAAGCAUAUAGAAAUCGAUUGUCAUGUUGUUCAAGAACGAAUUCAAUUAGGUGCCAUAGUAACUGCUCAUGUUCCAUCGUCUUGCCAGCUUGCUGAUUUGUUUGGCGUUCUUGACAUACACGCUCCAACUUGA